UCCAGUUUAUCAUUCAAUAAAUCCGUCACUUAAUUAUAUUUUUGUUGUUGAGUAAUAAUCGUAAAUCUAAAAACGCAAUAUUGCGUGACAUUUUCAACAAUAUUAGUGUGUUCUUUAAUUAUUUUUAGAAAAACGUCAAACUCUCAAGUGUAAUAAUUACGUUGUGAUGAAAUGUCAUUUUUCGUGGACCAAGUGAAUGCGUUUUUACUCAUAGUUUAAUUAGAAAAUACUCGUGUAAAAUUCAUGACAAUUAAAUGCCUGCUUAUUACUAAUUGUAUUUUCCCAUCUGGCGAUGAUUUUCAUCACAAGUGCAAUUUGAUGAGUUAACAUUUUUGAGAAAGUGAAGGGUUCUUGGCGAUUGGUGAUCAUCUGAGAUGAGCACCCCACCGCAUGUAGAGUUGGAGGUGGGGGUAGGCGAUGAGUCUAUGGAGGACGACAACACUGAAAUGCUACCGGCUGACAGGUUUACGCUGCCUGCGCGCGCCGACGCUGUUGUUGAGCAAUGGCGGGCCAAGAUGGCAGAAGGGAUGCUGUCCCCCGCACACUUCCACGAACACUGGCGGGUCACUGUGCCGAGGAUAUACUCCCCGCAGCCCAACAGGACAUGCUUAGAUUGGUCAUUCGACGAGGAGCUGGCGGCACAGCUGUUGUUCCACCCGCUGGAGCAGUUCGUGUGGAACACGAGUGCGGGCACGCUGCCAGCGCCUCCGCGCCGCUCCACGCUCUGCGGGAAAGUGUUCAAACAGGGCGAGCCCGCCUACAGCUGCAGGGAGUGCGGCAUGGACAACACGUGCGUGCUGUGCGUGGAGUGUUUCAAGGUGUCUCCGCACCGACACCACAAGUACAAAAUGGGCCAAUCGGGCGGCGGCGGGUGCUGCGACUGCGGCGACACGGAGGCCUGGAAGCGGGACCCGUUCUGCGAGCGACACGCUAAAGGUUCAGAAGAGGAGACGAAUACCAAUGUAACUCCGGAAGUAGUGGAGCGUAUGAAGAUCGUCGCGUCGGUCUGUCUCAAUUACUGCCUGAGGCUGCUCACACAAGAUCAUGCACCCGGCUUGCCGAACGAUCUAAGAUUGAAAGAUGCUGAAAGAGAUCUCCUGCAGAUACUGGACCUGCCGGAUUGUUAUUGCACCGUACUUUAUAACGACGAGACGCACACGUUUGAACAGGUUAUAACGACACUGGCGCGAGUAAUGAAAUGCAACCACCGCGACUCAGUUGAACUGGUGACGCUCAUAGACCGCGAGGGUCGUGCCCUCGUCAAGUGCAACUCGUUCCAGGUCUGCGACAAGCUCAAGAACGACAUAGAGUCCUGCACGGCGAUGUUCGAAAGGUACACGUCGCGGCAUGGGCCCAGCCUGAAGGUGCUCGUCAUGCACGCGCACGUCAUCGCACACCAGACCUUCGCCAUGAAGCUGCUGCACUGGUUACAAAUGUUCGUGAGCCCGGAGCCGAGCCUGCGGCUGGCCACCAGUCAGGUGGCGUUGGGGGCGGAGGCCUGGGGCGCCAGCACCGCGCUGCACGGCGGCGGUGUCGCUGCCGCCGUCAUGCAGAACGACUUCCGCAUGUGGAAGGCGGCCAGGACCGCUUGGCAUCGCUUGCUCAUAGCCACCACGCUCAUGGACUACACCACCAAGCGAGAGAUGGCCAUAUUGUUUACUAAGAAUUAUGGUUCGAUACUGAAGGACUUCAUCCGCGACGACCACGACCACACGUUCUCGAUCUCGUCGCUGUCGGUACAGUUGUAUACGACGCCCACGCUCGCUCACUACCUCAUAGCGAAGCACGACGCGCUCUUCAUCGUGCUCAACACGUUCAUCAGCGAGUGCAACAGGCGCUGUAAUAGUAGGGGUCGUUUGGAGUUCGACAGGAACGUCCCGACGGGCUUCAAGCGCGCCCAGUUCAUCCUGUACGACGUGAAGUACCUCCUCAGCUCUGUACCUACCAGCUUCGAUGACGACCUCCGUAGAGGAUUCAUGCACGGACUCUCGCUGCUGCUGAACCUGCUUGUCAUGAUGCAAGGGAUGGACUCAGUUAUACGACAGGUGGGCCAACACAUGGAGUACGAGCCGGAGUGGGAGUCUGCGUUCAACCUGCACGUGAAGCUGGCGCACAGCAUCACGCUGGCGCUCGAGUGGAGCGCGGCCGAGCGCGGGCUCGCCAUCUCCGCCUACAGACUCGCGCUGCGGCGCCUGGCUGAUGCUGCCGCGCAUCCGCCGCCCGUGCUCAGAGAGCUGGGAAAUCAGAGCGCAUCAGUGAUCCCAUACGAUGUGUCGCAUCAGCCGGUGUCGAUCCACCGUCCGCUGUCGCGGUUCAUCGCCGGCCUCCAUCUGCAGCUCUAUCAGCACAAACUCUCUUACCAUUCAAAGGAGUUCGACCGCCCCGAGAAACCUAAACCGACGCCGGAGGAGCUCAUUGAGCCGGUGCUGCAGACGAUGGCGAUGAUAGCGCAGGUGCACGCUGGCAUGUGGCGACGCAACGGGUUCGCAAUCCUCAACCAGCUGUACUUCUACCACAAUGUCAAGUGCCGCUCAGAGAUGCUGGACCGGGAUGUUGUCAUGCUACAGAUCGGUGCAUCCCUAAUCGAGAGCAACGAGUUCAUAAUACACAUGCUGAACAAAUUCAACCUGUUGGAUUGGGCGUCGCCGGACUUUGAACAGCGGAGCAUAGAGGACGACGCGCUCCGGUAUACCAUCAGCAUGGUCGAGGAGUUCCUCGGUCUGCUCAUCACAGUGGUUGGUUCCCGCUACGUGCCCGGUGUAGGGGAGGUCACCAACGAAGACCGCACCAAAAAGGAGAUCAUACAAAUGCUCUGCGUCAAACCCAUGCCGCAUUCGGAACUUAACAGAUCACUGCCAGAAGACCAGCUACAUGAGACUGGCUUAGAAGCAGUUAUCCACGAAGUGGCGGACUUCGUUAAACCGAGCAGCGGCAACAACCGGGGCGUGUACAAACUGAAGCCGCACCUCUACGACGAGUACGAUACGUUCUUCUACCACUACACACGCGAGGAACUCUCGCGUAGUGAAGAGGAGCAACGAAACAGGAGGAAGGCUGCUGGCCUUCCGGAGUGCUGUCCGCCGCCACGGCUGCCGCGGCUGGCGGCGCCGUUCCGCCUGCUGGGCAGCGUGCUGCAGUGCGACGCCGCGCUGCACGUGCUGCGCACCGUGCUGCAGCGAGCGCUGGACCUGCGCGCGCGCUCCUUCUCGGAGACGCAGGUGCACAAGGCCUUGCACCUGAUGGGGUAUGCGAUGCGUGACGAGGAGAGCGGCGACUACGAGUUCCUGGCGUUCGCGGAGAGCGCGGCCCGCAGCGGGCUGCUGUCGCUGCUGCAGCAGCUCGCGGCCAGCCCCCGGGUCGACGCGCACCGCCACCUCGCCAAGUGGCUGCUCGCCAAGAUGAGGAAACUUUUGGGACAAACUGACGAGCACAUCGGCGACGGUGAGAAUAUGGAGACCGAUCCACAAGAGAAGCCAGCCGCUGAAGAAACUGCGGAAGCGGAGAAGACACGUCGCGCGAAGUUAGCUGCAGAACGGCGUGCCAAGCUAAUGGCGCAGAUGAAGACGCAAAUGAACAACUUCAUAUCGAACAACUCCACUCUGUUCGAGGAAACUAACACUGAGGUAACGGCGGAGGAACAAGACCUGCGCCCGUUGUACUGUGGCGCGGCGCUGGGCGUGUGGGGCGGAGGAGUGCCCGAGCCACCGCGAGUCUGCAUCAUGUGCCAAGAAGAGGCUCGCGUGGACAUCAAAGCGGAGCCAUUGGUGCUGGUGGCGUUCGUGCAACAGUCGAGCGUGCUGAGUCGCCGGCGGGGGGUGUCGGACGGCACUGGCGCCAGUAGCGGCGCCAGUAGCGGCGCCAGUAGCGGCGCCAGUAGCGGCGCCAGUGCGGGCGCGGCGUACCUGCAGGCCGGCCUGGGCCCGCAGCCGCACGUGUCGUCGUGUGGCCACGCGCUGCACGCGCGCUGCUGGCGCAAGUACGUCGACGGCGUCCUCGACAAAGAGAACCGCAGACUAUACCGACUUCGUCAACCAGCUGCGUUCGACGUCGAGAAGCGAGAAUACUUGUGCCCUCUAUGUGAACGUCUCUGCAACACAACUCUACCCAUCCUUCCAGCUCCAAGCCUCCCCACCGGAUCACCGCCACCACUCACAGAGGACACCUACAGAGAAUCCGUCAAUCUGAUACUCAAGCUCAAGCACCAAGUCUGCUCAGAAGCUGUCCACAUCUGCACAGAGUUCUGUGAAGACAUGCUGUGCCAGGCACGAGCUAGGAGUGUGGGAGCGAUGUCAUCUGACAUGGAGGAUGGAGACAGUGCUGAUGAGUCGGAGGUCUACGUGUCCACUCACUCGGAGAAUCUCUUGCCGCCGGAAUUCUUGGUGCACUUCAACGAGGAUAUACCGGAAUAUAACGAAAUAAUGAAGUCGCUUAUAGAGCAUUUUGCACAUCUUCUACCUAGCCUGUGUGGUAUGAUGGAAUCUGGUGGCAUGAUGUCGAUUGCAGCUCUAUACCGCGCCACUUCCUACACAGUACUCAGCACGAACGCGGUAUUACAAGCCGAACGGCGACCACUAUUAGCUGAACUUCCGGCCCGGCUGCGAGACGCUCUACAAACACUCGUGCGUCUCGUCGCGACAAUCCCAUCCAUCUGGCCGUCACCGAAACACCUGGCUCAUCACGCCCUCAGCACUCUUCACACGCUCGAGAACUCCUCACCGCUGACCCACGAACCCUUCGGAACCCUCGUCGCCCUGGUCAUGACCGCGCCCUCUCUCUUCUCCAAGCAGGCCGGCCCUGCGAGACCUACACACCUGGCGAGGCAGAUGACCUUACAGGCGCUCAGGGCCAACAUAACCAGAGCUCUCAUUGUCCUGAAUGUAGCCUCGUGUAAGAGCGAGCCAAUGGAAGAUGGGAAUGAAUAUCGUCCAAGACCAGAUCUAGAAAAUUUGCUGCCGCUCAUGAAAGAAUUACGCAGAGGCAACUUAGAGGAAGGACUAAACGCGGAAGAGGUGUGGCAGAAGAUUAAAAGUCAAUGCCAUACAUUCAUGAGAUGCUGUUGUCUUUUAUAUCACUUCCUAAGCGAUAUAAACCCACCUACAGAAUUGAUGGCUGUCGAUGGUGAUACCUGGGAAGUUAUGUGCGGAUAUUUAGACUUGCCUAUGACGUUCAAGGAGCUGAUGGAUACUCCGGCAGCUAGUAAGAAAGCGAGGGAAUGGGCGGCGUUGUCGAACGAUUGGUUCAAAGGAGAGAUACCAGCUCGAGUAGUGACGGAACCCAGUGAGCCGCCAAGACUGAUCCCCCUGCCGGAUGACUUCUCGGAGUUGAUGAAUGUAGUGUCGGAGUUCUCUUGCCCUAAUUCGGAGAAGGAGGACAGCAAAUAUCCAACUAUGUGUUUAGUGUGCAGUAAAAUAUUGUGCUCGCAGAGUUAUUGUUGCCAAAUUGAAAUACGCAAGAGCGGUCGCGGCGGCGGCGCAGGCGGCACCGAGCACGUGGGCGCGGGCGUGGGCCACGCGCUGCAGUGCGGCGCCGGCGCGGGCGUGUUCCUGCGCGUGCGCGAGUGCGAGCUCAUGCUGCUGGCCGCCCCCGCGCGCGGCGCCAGGCUGCCCGCGCCCUACCUCGACUCGUACGGAGAGACCGACCAGGGUCUGCGGCGAGGAAACCCACUCCACCUGUGUCCGGAACGGUACGAGAAACUUCGCAUGCUGUGGCUGAGUCACGGUCUACACGAGCACAUAGCGCGAGCAGUCGACACCAGCAUGCUGGUCACACCGCCCUGGAUCAACAUGUGAUCGCACUCAGUAUUUACAUGCUCUCUCCAUACGAGUAUAAAAUGGAAAAUGGUUGACUAUUAAAUCGAAAUAUCGGGGCUCUGUACCCGCAAGAUGAUUUUACUGUACUUCAAGGUGUAAUCUAGUAAUCGGAAUGUCUAUUCUGAAGGUGUAAUUACAAUAUCGAUUUCAAUACAAUCCAGUUAUACUGGACUAACAUUGUUAUCGAUAUAUCGAAUAAAUCGAUAACAAUGUUCCAAAUUAAUAUGUAAAUAUUACAUAAUAGAAGAGUAUAAAUUAAAAAAAACAUUAAACAGCGGAAUCCAAUAUUAUUGGAUCGAAAUUGUCUAGAGCAAACCAACCGUUCCAAUGUGUAGAUAUUGCACGAAGUUAUGCAGUUAUUCAAAUG